CCAACUACAAAAUAAAUUAAAUGUUUUUGUUUGGUUACAUUCAAAUACAUUUACAUUGUAUUGCUGAUUGAUCGAACAAAGCUUUACAAUAAUAUAAAACCUUACAUUCGACGUUCAAACACGAAACUAACAAUUAUUGCUUCCACGUGCCUUUGCCGCGAAAUAUUUUAAAUGAUGAUUUACACACGCCCAUUCUCCUCCCUCUUGCAAAAUUCAAAACAAAAACAAAGAAGAAAAGGAUCGAAGCGGUGCGGUGCUUUUGUUCAAUUUUAUUUUUUUACGGAAAACUCGAAAAUGUUGACGUACAAAUUUAAAAUAUUAUUAGGCAAUUAUUACUAAAACGUUGUGUUAAUAUUCCUACGAAAUGAAGCCCCCGAAAGAAUACAUCAAAACUUUCCUGAGCCACAGCUCUUCACUGACGCACCUGCACAACCUUUCCAAGGGUCUUGUAUGGUCCUGCCAGUGUUUGUACCGUGAUGGAAGAAACAGUAUCGCUGCCCUGAACCAUUUGACCGCCGCCCUGAUCGACUGUGUCCUUGGUGUGGUCAUCAUUCAUUAUUUCCUCAACCUCUUCACUGCACAACUCCUAGUCGACUGGGCAAUGUCUGUCAUAGAUGAAGGAGUUGUCUUGCUAAGGUCGCUCUUGUCCUUCUUGAUGGGCUCACCAGCAGGGUUAAAAUUAAACACCCACUUGAACCGAUUUCUCGGGAAGUUUUUUAUUUACAAUGUCAACCUCUGGUGGGUGUUUCUAGAUCACUGCCAGCCUGUUUUGUCAAUUGCAUUCCAUGCUCUCCAAUGGCUCGGAUUCUUAGGAAUCACAACUCACAUUGCCAUCAUUGCUGAUCUCAUUGCUCUGGCAAGCUUCCAUGCCUACUGCAUCUACGUUUAUGCAGCUCGAUUUUGCUCAUUGCAACUGAAGGCAUUAGUGUACCUUUGGAGGCUGUUUCUGGGGCGCAAGUGGAACCCUCAGAGACAAUGUGUGGAUAGUUUUGACUACCCUCCGAGCCAGUUGUUCGUAGGUGUACUGCUCUUCACUGUAUUAAUUUACUCACUGCCAACAACCACGGUCUACUAUGUCUUCUUCACAACGAUUCGCCUCUUAUUCUUUGUAAUCAAUGGCAUUCUCGCUCGGGUCCGCUACUUCAUACGAACCUUUCCCAUCUUCAUCACAAUUGCCUGGUUGUUCAGUCACAAAUAUGUGUGCACCAACACCGUAAUGAUGGUAAAUAAAUCGCAAAAACCGGAUGUUUACAAAGUAGAGCUGAUUCCGAGUCGAGCAUCAUUGUGCCAUUCGGUGCGUAAAGCGGACGAUGAAUGUACUUGCGUUAAACCUCAAGGCGCGGAAUGGCUCAAGACACUGAAGAACAUUAUUACUGCCAAACUUUUCUAGUCAGUUUUUUUUCAUUACUUUGUAAAAUUUGAAAGUAAGAAAAUUAAAAUCCAAGCUGCUUAAUAUCAGUGUAAAAAUUUGCCGUUUCAAUAAUAAUUGCAUCCAGUGAGUGAUCCACUAUCAUUUUAUUUUACUGCUGAUUUUUCAUUAUUUAUUUUAAUUUACGGCUGCUUAUGCAAUUUGCAAGACUCGCAU